UUCAUCUUCAUCUUCAUCUUCAACUUCCCUCAAAAUGGCUCUCAAUCGUGCUUCUUUCAUGUCUUUCCUUCUCAUUACUUUGGUGGCAGUUUCAUCUGCUAGUGAUUACUAUACUUACAGUCCUGCUCCAGAAUAUAAGAAGCCAUCCUAUUCUCCUGUUUACACGUCUCCAAGUUAUAGCCCAUCGCCAGUAUAUACACCAUCAUCUCCAGUAUAUAAUUCACCGGAAUAUACUCCAUCUCCAGUAUACAAGUCACCAGAGUAUUACACCCCAUCUCCAGUGUACAAGUCACCAAAAUACAGCCCAUCCCCCGUGUACAAGUCACCAGAAUACACUCCAUCUCCAGUAUACAAGUCGCCAGUAUACACCCCAUCUCCAAUAUACAAGUCACCAGAAUACACCCCAUCUCCAAUAUACAAGUCACCAAAAUACAGUCCAUCUCCCGUGUACAAGUCACCAGAAUACACCCCAUCUCCGAUAUACAAGUCACCAGAAUACACCCCAUCUCCAGUAUACAAGUCACCAAAAUACAGUUCAUCUCCAGUAUACAAGUCACCAGAAUACACCCCAUCUCUAAUAUACAAGUCACCAGAAUACACCCCAUCUCCCGUAUACAAGUCACCAAAAUACAGUCCAUCUCCAAUGUACAAGUCACCAGAAUACACUCCAUCUCCUGUGUACAAGUCACCAGAAUACACUCCGUCUCCCGUGUACAAGUCACCAGAAUACACUCCAUCUCCCGUGUACAAGUCACCAGAAUACACUCCAUCUCCAGUAUAUCCAUCCCCCAUGUAUAAGUCACCAGAGUACACCCCAUCUCCAGUGUACAAGUCACCAGAGUACACCCCAUCUCCAGUAUACACUCCAUCCCCCAUGUAUAAGUCACCAGAGUACACCCCAUCUCCAGUGUACAAGUCACCAGAGUACCCAUCUCCAGUGUACAACUCACCAAAAUACAACCCAUCCCCCGUCUACAAGUCACCAGAAUACAGUCCAUCUCCAAUGUACAAGUCACCAGAAUACACUCCAUCUCCCGUGUACAAGUCACCAGAGUACACUCCAUCUCCAGUAUACACUCCAUCCCCCAUGUAUAAGUCACCAGAGUACACCCCAUCUCCAGUGUACAAGUCACCAGAGUACACCCCAUCUCCAGUGUACAAGUCACCAAAAUACAGCCCAUCCCCCGUCUACAAGUCACCAGAAUACACCCCAUCUCCCGUAUACAAGUCACCAGUUUACACCCCAUCUCCAAUAUACAAGUCACCAGAAUACACCCAAUCUCCAAUAUACAAGUCACCAAAAUACAGUCCAUCUCCUGUAUACAAGGCACCAGAAUACACCCCAUCUCCCGUAUACAAGUCUCCAGUUUACACCCCAUCUCCAGUAUACACUCCAUCUCCAGUGUACAAGUCACCAGAGUACACUCCAUCUCCACUAUUCACUCCAUCCCCCAUGUAUAAGUCACCAGAGUACACCCCAUCUCCAGUGUACAAGUCACCAAAAUACAGCCCAUCUCCCGUAUACAAGUCACCAGAAUACACCCCAUCUCCCGUAUACAAGUCACCAGAAUACACCCCAUAUCCCAUAUACAAGUCACCAAAAUACACCCCAUCUCCUGUAUACAAGUCACCAGAGUACACCGCAUCUCCCGUAUACAAGUCACCAAAAUACAGCCCAUCUCCAAUGUAUAAGUCACCAGUUUACACUCCAUCCCCAGUAUACAAGUCACCAGAAUAUACCCCAUCACCUGUAUACAAGUCACCAGAAUACACCCCAUCACCAGUAUACAAGUCCCCAGAAUACAAUCCAUUUCCCGUGUACAAGUCACCAGAAUACACCACAUCUCCAGUAUACAAUUCACCAGUUUACACCUCGUCUCCAGUGUAUGAGUCACCAGAAUACACCCAAUCACCCGUGUACAAGUCACCAGAAUACACCACAUCUCCAGUUUACACACCUUCUCCAAUGUACAAGUCUCCAGAAUACACCUCAUCUCCAGUUUACACCCCAACUUACACUGUUCCUACAUAUUCUCCAAGUCCCUCAUACGGAUAUUAAGAGAAAUACACUACUAAAUGAUUUCUUGAUUUUGCAUUAUUUUGAAAUAUCUUCCAAUGAGAGGUUAAG